UAUACUUGGGACUGUAUGUUGAAAUAUGUAGGAUGUAAAUUAGAGUUAUUGCAUGACGUAGACAUGAUCAUGUUUAUCGAGAAAGCAAUUCGAGGAGGAAUUUCGGUUUGUAGCAGUAGAUUAUCGAAUGCUAACAAUAAGUACAUGCCUGAAUAUGAUUCUACAAAACCCUCAAAGUACUUACUCUACCUGGACGUCAAUAAUUUAUACGGGUGGGCUAUGUGUGAACCAUUACCAUACGGAGGAUUUGAAUGGUUAGAUAAUGAAAAUUUUGAUGUUAUGUCUGUGGCAGAUAAUUCUUCCGUAGGAUAUAUAUUACAAGUAGACUUGGAGUAUCCACAUGAAUUACAUGAUCUUCACAGAGAUUUUCCAUUUGCUCCCGAACACCGCAAGCCUGUAGGCUCAAAUUAUUCCAAAUUAAUGACAACGCUUUAUUGUAAAAAAGAAUACACAGUUCACUAUCGUGAUUUAAAACAAAUGUUAGCCAACGGUUUGAAAAUUAAAAAGAUACAUAAAAUUCUGAAAUUCAAUCAAUCUGCAUGGCUGCGGCCCUAUAUCGAACUAAAUACUCGUUUGAGGGCUGCAGCUACCAAUGACUUUGAGAAAAAUUUAUAUAAAUUGGCAAAUAAUGCUGUGUUUGGAAAGACGUUGGAAAAUAUACGGAAGCACCGAAUUGUAAAACUUGUUAAAACCUGGAAUGGUCGAUACGGCGCCAAAAAUUUGAUAUCUAGUGUUAGGUUUCAUAGUCGAACAGUUUUUAAUGAAAACCUAAUUGCAGUAGAACUCACUAAAUUAGAAUUGGUUUUCAAUAAGCCUCUUUAUGUUGGUAUGACAGUUUUGGAUUUGUCGAAGCUGUGA